AUGGCUUCCGGCCCUUAUCUCUGGGAGCGGCUGCCAAAGCCGGAUAUGGCCAACACAACCUUCUAUCUUCUCCUAGAUGGUCCUGAAGACGUUUUUGGACUACAGGCCGAUUGUCCUGAGACGCCUGUUACCCCACAAGAUCCAGAGGUCAGCGAGGAACAACAAAGAAUACAGAAGAUCAAAGAGGCCAUUCAGCAUUCCCACGACUCGCCGGUACUGAAGGCCAAGAUGGCGGCCUCACGAAUACACUCCAAACAUUUGGCCGAGUUUGACGAGGAUUCCAGUUUGGACGACGUCGCUUUGCAGAGAAUCACCCAGCUAGUAAAUAUGGACGACGACAGCGACUCAGACAGGUUGGAGUUGAACAAACUGUUUCCCAACGCAGUGCGCACGAUCAAGCUUGUGGAGGGUGAUCAGGACAACAUUGAUCGUAUGUUGAGGCUUGAAAGCUCCAAACACGCAAAAUUGACACAAAAGGUGCGCAAAAGAAGACAGCCCUCUGAAGAGUCAACCUCGCUUGCAAGCGAGGCGUCCAGCGAUGUUAUCCUGUCGAAACGAGGAAAACGGAAAUUUGCAAGAUACAGCUUCACGCAAACUGAGUCGGAACAGAAAGAGUCGGGGGACAGGAAAAAUGGGCACGCAGAUUACAAAGAACGGGAGAGCAAAGACGAAGAUAAGGGCGAGGAAACCGAUUUGGCUGAGGCAACUAAUGACCUUAUCGACAUCGACGACGAUGGAGCGUCCUCUGCAUCCAGCUCUCAAUACGAGCCUUUGUCUCAAUCUUUGGAAAAAAAGUGCAUUUCCAUCUAA